AUGUAUCAUAUGGUAAUAUACGAUGAGUACAAUCGACGAAACGCUAUGCGAAUCGAGCGCCGGCGUCUUCGUGAUGCUCAAGAUCCGUUCGAAAUGCCGGAUGAGCAAUUUCGUGCGGUUUAUCGAUUUACUCGGGAGUGUGCCUUUAAACUAAUAGAAGAAAUGAGCCCUCAUAUGGCAAAAGGGCAGAGAAAAACUUUUGUGCCUAUCCCUUUAAGGAUUUGCACCGCCCUCCAUUUCUUUGCAACGGGCUCGUUUCAAAGAGAUGUAGGGCAAGAUUUUACAGCUGCUCUUAGCCGAACGAUGGUAUCACGGUCAGUAAAAGAGGUGUCCACCGUUCUACAAAAUAAAUUGAUGCCAAAGUGGAUCCAGUUUCCAACUGAAGAAGAAUACGAAGCCAUUAAAUUAAGGUUUUUUGAAGAAACUGGAUUUCCAGGAGUCAUCGGUGCGGUGGAUUGCACCCACAUCCGAAUCAAAAGGCCGGAUGCCGAAAUUGAAUGUGCUUACCUCAACCGGAAAAGUUAUCAUUCAAAAAAUGUUCAGUUGGCAAACAAACUUACCGAAAAGAUCAUAUCCAUUGUGUAA